AUGGCCUCCUCAAUGGCGCUGAGGAGAUUUGCCGCCAGACCUGCUUUCUCGCAGGCGCGCGCAUUCUCUACGACCAGACCUGCCGCGCGGGUCUUUGCGAACCGUCCUCUUCGUGCGAAGGAAGCUUCUCCCUAUGUUAGCAACAAAUACCCCGUGAUCGACCACGAGUACGAUGCUAUCGUUGUUGGUGCUGGUGGUGCUGGUCUCCGUGCCGCUUUCGGUCUUGCCGAGGCUGGCUUCAACACUGCCUGCAUUUCCAAGCUUUUCCCUACCAGAUCUCACACUGUCGCCGCUCAGGGUGGUAUCAACGCCGCUCUGGGUAACAUGCACGAGGACGACUGGAGAUGGCACAUGUACGAUACCGUCAAGGGCUCGGAUUGGCUCGGUGACCAAGAUGCUAUUCAUUACAUGACCCGUGAGGCGCCUGCCUCUAUUGUCGAGCUUGAGAACUACGGCUGCCCCUUCUCCAGAACCGAGGACGGCAAGAUUUACCAGCGUGCUUUCGGUGGUCAGUCUCAGAAGUUCGGCAAGGGUGGCCAGGCCUACCGUUGCUGCGCUGCCGAGGAUCGUACCGGCCAUGCCCUUCUUCACACCCUGUACGGCCAGUCUCUCCGCCACAACACCAACUACUUCAUCGAGUACUUCGCCCUCGACCUGAUCAUGCAAGACGGCGAGUGCCGCGGUGUCCUUGCCUACAACCAGGAGGACGGCACCCUGCACCGUUUCCUUGCUAACCACACUGUCUUGGCUACCGGUGGUUACGGCCGUGCCUACUUCUCCUGCACCUCUGCCCACACCUGCACUGGUGACGGUAUGGCUAUGGUCGCCCGUGCCGGCCUUCCCAACCAGGAUCUCGAGUUUGUCCAGUUCCACCCUACCGGCAUUUACGGUGCUGGCUGCCUGAUCACUGAGGGUGCCCGUGGUGAGGGUGGUUACCUCCUCAACUCUGAGGGUGAGCGCUUCAUGGAGCGUUACGCCCCUACUGCUAAGGAUCUUGCCUCCCGCGACGUCGUCUCCCGUUCGAUGACCAUGGAGAUCCGCGAGGGCCGUGGUGUUGGUGAGGAGAAGGACCACAUCUUCCUGCAGCUUAGCCACUUGCCUGCUGAGGUUCUCCACGAGCGUCUGCCCGGUAUCUCCGAGACCGCUGGUAUCUUCGCCGGCGUCGACGUCCGCACUCAGCCCAUUCCCGUCCUGCCUACCGUCCACUACAACAUGGGUGGUAUCCCCACGAGAUACACCGGUGAGGUUAUUACCGUUGAUGAGCAAGGUAACGACAAGGUUGUCCCUGGUCUGUUCGCUUGCGGUGAGGCUGCUUGCGUCUCUGUCCACGGUGCUAACCGUCUCGGUGCCAACUCCCUGCUCGACUUGGUCGUCUUCGGCCGUGCCGUCUCCCACACCAUCCGUGACAACUUCACCCCCGGUACCAAGCUCAAGCCUAUUGAGGCUGAUGCUGGUGCUGAGCACAUUGAGGUUCUUGACAAGGUUCGCACGUCUGAGGGCCCCAGAACGACUGCCGAUGUCCGCCUGGCUAUGCAGAAGGCUAUGCAGACUGAGGUCAGCGUUUUCAGAACACAAGAGUCUCUGGACGAGGGUGUUCGCAAGAUGAUUGAGAUUGAUGCUCAGUUCCCCGAGGUCGGCAUCAAGGACCGCAGCAUGAUCUGGAACUCGGAUCUUGUUGAGACCCUUGAGCUCCGCAACCUCCUGACUUGCGCUACUCAAACCGCCACCUCUGCCGCUGCCCGUAAGGAGUCUCGUGGCGCCCACGCCCGCGAGGACUACCCCGAUCGUGACGAUGUCAACUGGAUGAAGCACACCUUGUCCUUCCAGAAGCAGCCUCACGGCAAGGUCGAGCUCGGCUACCGUGGCGUCAUUGCCAACACUUUGGAUGAGAACGAGUGCAAGCCUGUUCCUCCAUUCAAGCGUGUGUACUAA